UCAAACAUGAAGUACAUCUACAUCUCUUUCUUGGUAUAUAUUUUGAUUGGAUACAUUACACCUUCUGUAACGGGAGAUGAUGCACUAAAUUUGAGCGCUUUGUCACAAAAAUGCGAGUGUAACGAUAACAUCGAUGAAAUACUUUGUAAAAUAGCAGAAACUGCAACUCUAAUCUUGAAUCUUAGAUCAAAGUUGACGAGAAUUGUUAUAGAAACCAAAGAUUUAACGAAAGAACUUGCACAAAAUACAGAUGAACUUAAAGAAAUCGACGAGGAAGUUUCAAAUAUGCAGCAACAACAAUCUGACGCUGACGCCACAAUAAAAGAACAUUCAAAUGUCAUCGAAGAUAUUAAUGCGGCAGUAGAAGGAAUCGUUGAUGAUCAAGAAGAAACCGGAUGUGUUUUGUCCCAGGAUACAUGUGAAUUGAAUCAACUCAGAAGGAUCUUAAUUAGUUAUGUCAAUUGUCAAUGUGUUAGAGAUAGCCAAUCUUCAACUACUGUUUCACCUUAAUUCUUUUCUCAAAUUUAUUGUAACUAAUUCGAUGCAAA